UCUCCCAAGCAGCUCAUCUUCCCACCUUCUGGUUAGGGUUACCGCCCUCAAAAUUCCUUUUCUAGAGGUGAAGGUGUUAUUUCAGAAACAAAACGGUGCUAAGUGAAUGGGCGAGGAAUACCAACCCUAUCCCCUGCUACUGCCAACAUUAAAGGUCACAUUUCCUGAACUUUGAUGAUGGAAAUGAGAAAUCAGUGCAAGAUCUUGUGGCAGACUAUCAUCCGCAGCACUGGCUCAGGAGUUGAAAUCACCAAUGGAUCCACCAUCAAUCAGCCAGAAGUGAAGGUGAGAAUGACUAAAUUUCAUCAAAUGAAACAUUUUUUUCAAAUACUGGAUAAAAUGAGAUGCUUGCGAAAGCGUUCUACAGUGUCAUUCUUAGGAGUUCUUGUAAUUUUCCUCCUGUUCAUGAAUUUGUACAUUGAAGACAGUUAUGUCCUGGAGGGUGACAAACAGCUAAUAAGGGAAACAUCCACACAUCAACUAAAUUCAGAACGCUAUGUGCAUACUUUUAAGGAUCUAUCUAAUUUUUCAGGAGCCAUAAAUGUUACCUAUCGCUACCUAGCUGCCACAUCCUUACAAAGAAAGCGAUAUCUUACUAUUGGACUUUCAUCAGUGAAGCGAAGGAGAGGAAACUAUUUACUUGAGACCAUCAAAUCCAUUUUCGAGCAGUCCAGCUAUGAAGAACUGAAAGAAAUUUCAGUAGUGGUCCAUCUAGCAGAUUUUAAUUCAUCCUGGCGUGAUAUCAUGGUGCAGGAUAUCACACAGAAAUUUGCUCAUCAUAUUAUCGCAGGAAGAUUAAUGGUGAUACAUUCUCCAGAGGAAUAUUACCCGAUCCUGGAUGGUCUUAAGAGAAAUUACAAUGAUCCAGAAGACAGAGUCAAAUUUCGUUCCAAGCAAAAUGUAGAUUAUGCUUUUCUGCUUAAUUUUUGUGCCAAUACUUCAGACUAUUACGUCAUGCUUGAAGAUGAUGUCCGAUGUUCCAAAAAUUUCUUAACUGCCAUCAAGAAAGUCAUUGCAUCUUUGGAAGGAACUUACUGGGUAACUCUUGAAUUCUCUAAAUUGGGCUACAUUGGUAAACUCUAUCAUUCCCAUGAUCUCCCACGACUGGCACAUUUUCUAUUAAUGUUUUAUCAAGAAAUGCCUUGUGAUUGGCUAUUGACUCAUUUCCGGGGUCUUUUGGCUCAGAAAAAUGUGAUCCGAUUUAAACCAUCUCUCUUUCAGCACAUGGGUUAUUACUCCUCAUAUAAAGGAACAGAGAAUAAAUUAAAAGAUGAUGACUUUGAAGAAGAGUCCUUUGACAUUCCGGAUAACCCACCAGCAAAUCUAUACACCAACAUGAACGUGUUUGAAAAUUAUGAAGCAAGCAAGGCUUACAGCAGUGUUGAUGAGUACUUCUGGGGGAAACCACCUUCAAAAGGAGAUUUCUUUCUUAUUGUCUUUGAAAAUCCAAUCACAAUAAAAAAAAUGAAAGUGAAUACCGGGACGGAAGAUCGCCAAAAUGAUAUUCUGCAUCAUGGAGUCCUAGAUGUUGGGAGAAAAGUUACCCUUAAUAAACAUGUGAGACAAUGUGGUACCUACUUAAGACUAGGGGAAUUCAAAAAUGGAAACUUUGAAAUGUCAGAUGUUGAUCAAAAAGUUCCAUUUGACAUAUAUUGUAUGAGGAUACAUGUGACCAAAACACAAAAGGAAUGGCUAAUUAUUAGGAGUAUUAGCAUUUGGACUUCUUAGCCAAUUAAAUCAAAAUAUUCAA